AUGAAUGGAUUAACGAGAUUCUCACUGUCCCUAUCUACUAGGCACGCUCGAGCGCGUCCUGGCCAGGCAAACAGGCAGGCAUAUCAGCACCAAAGAAACCAACAUCUGAAUAAAAUCAGACUCGCCAAGAUGAGUUCUUGGCGCGAGUUUAGCGCAGACAUGAAUACUAACUGUUGGGGCAAAGCCUUCAGAUGGGCUAAGAGUGGCUCACGGAAGAAUCCGAUGCCCACCACGGUUAAAACCAGUGCCGGGACUUAUACCACCGACAUUAAAGACACCUUAGAUACGUUUCUCGAGGCCUAUUUGCCCGAGGAUCGGAAUAUGCCAAGUUUCAUGCCUUAUGACCACCAGGCAGAUGACACACCUCCUGACAGUACAACUGCACAAGAGGUAAAAGAAGCCAUUUGGAAAAUGAAACCAAGUAGAGCACCAGGUCUGGAUGGCAUAACCGCCAAGAUGCUUAGAAUUGCAUGGCCAGUCAUCUCAGACUCCAUAACGGAUCUAUACGAGAAAUGUCUAAAAAUUGCAAGAUUUCCCAACUGUUGGAAGAUCGCCAAGUUGGUGAUCAUUCCAAAAGGAAAAGGAAAGAACCCACUUCUUACGGGGUCGUACAGACCAAUUAGUCUGCUACCAACUCUCGGUAAGGCAUUGGAGUCUCUAAUAACAUCAAGACUAGAAAAAGAAACCGGACUAAACGAAAUAGGCCAACAACACGGGUACGUCACCGGAAGAUCAACCGAGACAGCCGUUAAAGCAUUAUAUGACUGGACAGAUCAGUGUCCUAACAGGAUAAUAGUUGGUGCCUUCCUGGAUAUUACUGGCGCAUUUGACUACGUCAGAUGGUCACCAAUAUUCGAACGAUUAAAAAUCCUCAGGAUCAGUAAAAGAACGCUUGCACUACUUGAGAGCUAUCUCACGAACAGAUCAGCGACACUCAUGUCUGACAAAGAGACCAGAACAAGGCAAAUGACACGCGGCUGCCCACAGGGGUCGAGACUAGGACCGACACUCUGGAAGGUAGCGAUGUCGGAUGCAUUCGAGCCUAUAGGACACCAAUCACACAUGAUUGCGUAUGCAGACGAUAUAGCACUCGCAGUCGGGGCUGCAAGAUUAGACACAGUCAAGAAAAGACUUAGUCAAUACUUUGACCAACUCACAAACUGGUCAAAUAAAUUCGGCUUAAAAUUCUCAAUGGCAAAGAGCCAAAUUAUGACACUGAAAGGCGGGGUCAAACCCACCUACACGGUGCCAUUUGGCUCAAACGCAGAUGCCAUACAGAUUAAAGCUACAAAGACAGUAAAAUACCUUGGAGUCAUCAUAGAUCCGAGAAGAUCAUUUAGAGAUCACGUCGAAGACAUCUCAGAUAAGUCAAAAGAAAUGUUCUUACGCCUACGCUCCAUGACAUCAGCUAACUGGGGAGUAGAACAAAGCACGUCACUGAUAAUUUACAAAUCGGUGUUCUUGCCCAGAAUAACAUACGCCGCCUCCAUAUGGCAAAAAGCACUAGAGCUCAAAUGCUCAAUAAAGACCCUAGGAAGCAUUCAAAGAGAUGCCUUACGAGCAAUAACGGGCGCAUACAGGACAACGUCAACAGCUGCACUUCAAGUCAUAUCAGGGCAACUACCUCUGGACUUAGAAGUGAAACGCUUUAUUCUUAGAAGAUCCUUAAAGACAAAUGAUAUCACAUAUCAAGAAUAUGAACGGCACUUGCAUGAUCUGUUAGAGGUCUGGCAAGAAAGAUGGAAUACAGUGGAUAAAGGAGAGUGGACAUUCCAACUCAUCCCGGACGUAAGAAUCCGGUAUGGAUUGCCCCUUACUAUGGAUCAUUAUACGAGCCAAAUGCUCACUGGACACGGAGACUUUCGAGGAAAGCUCCAUUCGUUCAACAAAGCACCGGCUCCAGGAUGUGCCUGUGGAAAUGGCAGUGAAACAGUCAAACAUGUUCUCCUAGCCUGCCCAAGAACAAAAAUCCAAAGACAAAAUCUGAAAAGAAAACUUCAACAAGAACAAUGUCCUUGGCCACCAUAUGACGGGGCCAUACUUACAAAUAAGACAACAUACGAAGCCUUCCGAACAUUUGCUCGGGAGAGCCUCAAGCAAAGAACAGAUCGAUGA